GACAUUCACGGCCAGUACUACGAUCUGUUGCGUCUCUUUGAAUACGGAGGUUUUCCUCCCGAAUCCAAUUACCUAUUUCUGGGCGAUUACGUGGACCGCGGGAAGCAAUCCUUGGAGACCAUAUGCCUACUGCUCGCCUAUAAAAUUAAAUACCCGGAGAACUUCUUCCUGUUGAGAGGCAAUCACGAGUGCGCUUCCAUUAACCGCAUCUACGGCUUCUACGAUGAAUGCAAACGACGCUAUAAUAUAAAGCUAUGGAAAACGUUUACCGAUUGUUUCAAUUGUCUUCCGGUGGCGGCCAUUGUGGACGAGAAGAUCUUCUGCUGUCACGGAGGGCUCAGCCCUGAUCUCCACUCAAUGGAACAAAUUCGACGCAUUAUGCGGCCCACCGAUGUGCCCGACCAGGGCUUGCUGUGCGACCUGUUGUGGUCGGACCCGGACAAGGAUGUGAUGGGUUGGGGCGAGAAUGACAGAGGCGUGAGCUAUACGUUCGGCGCUGAUGUGGUCGGAAAGUUCCUCCAUAAACACGACUUAGACCUCAUCUGCAGAGCCCAUCAGGUUGUAGAGGAUGGGUAUGAGUUCUUCGCCAAACGACAACUGGUGACUCUGUUCUCGGCGCCCAAUUAUUGCGGGGAGUUUGACAACGCGGGGGCUAUGAUGUCGGUGGACGAGACCCUCAUGUGCUCCUUCCAGAUCCUAAAACCCGCGGAUAAAAAGAAGUUUCCGUACGGCGCCAUGAAUGCCAACCGACCCCUGACCCCACCCAGAGGUCAGGUGACCAAAAAGAAUAGCAAGAAAUAGUACGGGUCAGUGACGGGGAGGAGGGGGUGUGG